AUGGCGGAUGCCUCAUGUCUCCCCGAGCCUAUAGACCCACAACUAGGGGUCCUACAUAGGCUGGAAGCAAUCUUUGCCAACUUCUGGCGCAAACUGGAGGCCAGAACGCAACCGCUCAUCUCCACACAGGCAAGCAGCCUCCCUGCGAAGACACUGCCUCCAACCAGAAAGAAGGCUCAGAGGGGCAUAAUUGCAGGACAGUCCUCAUUAACACGGCAGGCAAAGCUACAACGACCCCAGCGCAAGAGGACGAAAACAGACAGGAGAUACUACAACAGACGCAGGGCACAGCGGAGAGUCAAAACCCGCCAGGCCCGUUCAACCUGCCCGACAAUGCCGAGGUACAGAUCACUGCAGAAUCCAGGCCCACGGCGGACACGAGCCCGAGAAGCAAACAGGUCACCUCAUCUGACACUCGGACACAGAAGCCCACACCGCCCCGCCGAGACGAAGAAAAGCAGGAUACUCAGGAGAGCUCCCAAGGACUGCGUCUGGCACCCAGAGGGGAUCGGAUAA